AUCACUAUCAAACAGAAACAGCUGCCUGUGCACAUUUUGUUGAUUGUUACUGGUAACUUAAAAAUAAAAAUCUUGCUGCCUCUUGAAUUGUCACCACUACUUGCAGAAGGAAGGACCAUGCAUUUUCAAUUGUAGUUUUAUGCACUGUGAUUCCUUAAAUUCAUCUCUAUUGUAAAUCACAAGACAAAAAGGUUAAAAUCACAUUUUGAAAAAGCACAUUUUUUUUUUUUUUUUACAUCUGAACUAUAAAUCAAACUGGAUGGUGUUACACACAAUGGGACUAAUACACAUGCUGACUAUUCUCCUGCUUUUUGAUACACUAAGGAAAUGUGAGUCAACAGAUGGAACACAAUUACAGUCUUUUAUGCCUAAUGUGUGUUCAGAACGGGAGUUGUCCAGGGUAGCUCACAAACAGCCAGUGGUACAGGCCUACACCCGCAUGGUUAAAGUAUGGAAACAAGGUUGUAAUGGUCAAACCUGGUGUGCCGGCUAUGAGCGGAGGACAGCAUACUAUACUACAUAUAGACAAGUUUACAACAUGGAAUAUCAGACUGUAAAUAAGUGCUGUCCAGGAUGGUCUCAGCUCAAUAAUGAAGCGGGCUGCCAUUACUCCGCCUGCAGCUCUGGCGUUUGUUACAAUGGAGGAAAUUGCGCAGUAGGAUCUUCCCAGCUUUGUCUUUGUCCAUCAGGUUUCCAAGGACCACGCUGCCAGUAUGAUGUUAAUGAAUGUGAGAACAGCAAUGGAGGGUGUGAAUUUCAGUGCUGCAAUACCAUUGGUAGCUUCUACUGUAAAUGCUCCAAUGGGCAAAGUCUAAAAGAGGAUGGAAAAACCUGUCAAGAUGUUGAUGAAUGCCAAGUACACAACGGCGGCUGCCAACAAAGAUGUGUAAACACUCCAGGGUCAUAUUAUUGUGAGUGCAAAUCUGGCUUCCGACUGCACGCAGACAGCAGGUCAUGCCUUCCUGUCUAUUCUUGUUCCAUCAACAACGGAGGCUGUGAACAUGACUGUGUGCAAAUAACUGUGGCCCAUUAUCAGUGUCGCUGUCGACAUAAUUACCAGUUAAAUGAAGAUGGCAAGCACUGUGACUUGAGCAACCCAUGUUCUUCUCGAAAUGGAGGUUGUAUGCAUCAGUGUAACAAUGAUGGUGGACUGGCUAAAUGUUCUUGUCAUUCUGGAUAUAAACUUGCAAGUGAUGGCAAAACAUGUGAAGACAUUAAUGAAUGCGUGACUGGUUUGGCCAUGUGUGCACACAGCUGUCUCAAUACUCGAGGUUCCUUUCACUGUAGCUGUAGUCCUGGAUAUGAAUUGGGAGCUGACGGCAAACAGUGUUAUAGAAUAGAGAUGGAAAUUAUCAAUAGCUGUGAAAUUAACAAUGGAGGCUGUUCCCACGAAUGCCGACACAGCAACUCAGGUUCGCUUUGCACGUGUCCCCACGGAUAUGAUUUGGAUGCAGACGGAAAAACAUGUACAGAUGCAGAUGAAUGCAAAAACGGUGCAUCAUGUUGUCAGCAAGACUGUUACAAUUACCCAGGUGGCUAUGAGUGUACAUGUUUCACCGGCUACCGGCUCAAUACAGAUGGCUGUGGGUGUGAUGAUGUGGACGAAUGUUCUUCAAACAAUGGUGGAUGUGAUCACAUCUGUGAGAAUGUUGUUGGCUCUUUCCAAUGUAGCUGUCAUCCUGGAUACACCCUGAGAGAAGACAGUAAAAGCUGUAUUGCCUCACAGAGUCAGCAAGAAGCAUUAGUUGGCCAACGUCCAUUGGUGCGACCUCUUCCACAAGUGACUCUACUGCGAGAUGAGUUUGCUCAGAUUUUUGAUGAGGACUAUGAAUAUGAAGAGGCUGAAGCCAGAGGAGAGCAUACUCUUUCUGAAUCAUUUGUUUGUUUUGAUGGCACGUUCGGGCCAGACUGCACUCUGACGUGUGAAGAUUGCACAAAUGGUGGAACAUGCAAUACAGAGUCAAAUGGCUGCUUGUGUCUAGCUGGCUGGACUGGACUGAUAUGCAACCAAACUUGUCCAGAGGGAACCUAUGGACAGAACUGUAGUCUGAAAUGUAACUGUAAAAAUGGAGGAUUGUGUGACCCCAUCAUAGGAACAUGCCGUUGUCCACAGGGAGUUAGUGGCGAAUUCUGUGAGGACGGCUGCCCUAAAGGUUACUACGGAAAAACCUGCAAGAAAAAGUGUAAUUGUGCUAACAAAGGGCGAUGCCACAGAAUACAUGGAGCAUGUUUAUGUGACCAGGGACUUUAUGGACGCUACUGCCAUUUAGCCUGUCCAAAGUGGACAUAUGGGCCUGGUUGCUCCGAGGAAUGUGAGUGUGUACAGAAGAAUACCCUGGAGUGCGAUAAAAAAGAAGGAUUUUGCAUUUGUAAACCAGGUUUCAAUGGAACCCAUUGUCAAACAAAAUGUGAAGCAGGAUUUUAUGGACAUGAAUGUAAGAAUAAAUGUAACUGCCAAAAUGAUGGAUCUUGUGACCCUGCAACAGGAACGUGUGAAAAACUGUGCCCUGAAGGAUACUAUGGGGAGAACUGUGAUCUUGAAUGUCCAGUUGGAAAAUACGGAGCAAAUUGCCUGAAGUCCUGUUCAUGCGGAGGAGCGUCGUGUAAUCACAUAACUGGAAUGUGCAUCUGCCCAGCUGGCAAAGUUGGGUCUGACUGUGCCAAAGAUUGCCCUGCAGGUCAUUGGGGUGUUGGCUGUCAGGAGAUUUGUCCUACGUGUGAAAAUGGUGCCAGCUGUAACCCCGUGGCAGGGGAAUGCACGUGCACACCUGGCUAUACUGGCAGCCUUUGCCAGGAAAGAUGUCCUCCAGGCUGGUUUGGACAAGGUUGUCAGAUGAGAUGCACCUGUCACAGUAAUGGCCAAUGUGAUCCGAUAACAGGAAGAUGUACUUGCCCACCCGGAUGGACUGGUCACAACUGCAGGAGAGCAUGUGAUGGCGGUCACUGGGGAACAGACUGUAUUAACAUCUGCAACUGUAGCAACAGCGAUGGGAAUUGUAACUCAGUUACAGGACAGUGUAUCUGUGAGCCUGGAUACACAGGAAAAUGGUGUGAUCAAAGGUGUGCUGCAGGGUGGUAUGGCUCAGAUUGCAGGCAUCAGUGCCAAUGUGGUAAUGGAGCAAUGUGUGAUCAUGUCAGUGGUGCGUGCAACUGUACAGCCGGCUGGAGAGGAACCUUCUGUGAACUACCCUGCCCAGAUGGAUUCUAUGGUAAUGAUUGCGCCAACAGUUGUGACUGCCGUAAUGGUGCCACCUGUGAUCGUAUAUCUGGAAUAUGCACAUGUCUUGAUGGCUGGAUUGGCCUUAAGUGUGACACAAGAUGCCAGGAUAAUAGAUAUGGAACUAAUUGCAAGGAGACCUGUAACUGCUUUAACGGAGCUGUUUGUAACCAUGUGAGUGGAAAAUGCAUUUGUCCCCCUGGUUGGAUGGGGACCAACUGUCAGCAAGCUUGCCCCGAUGGAUUCUAUGGGGUGAAUUGCCUUCAACAAUGCUUCUGUAGAAAUGGAGGAGCCUGUGACCCUAGAACAGGUCACUGCAAGUGUCAGAAAGGCUGGACAGGAUUGGCCUGCGAGCUUGAGUGCUCCCAUGGUAGCUAUGGCGAUGGUUGUCUGCAGAAGUGCAGUUGUCAGAAUGGAGGAGCAUGUGACCGCGAGACAGGACGCUGUAUGUGCCAUGCGGGGUGGAUUGGUGCAUUAUGUCAGUCUGCUUGUCCACCUGGAACGUUUGGAGUGCAGUGCGCUGAGAAGUGUGAUUGCCGGCAUGGAGCUUCCUGUAACCAUAUAACCGGUAUAUGUGAAUGUCCCAUCGGAUGGAGAGGAAAACACUGUGAUAAACCAUGUCUUCCUGGCUCCUACGGUGACCACUGUUCACAGCUUUGUAGCUGUCCACACGGCUCUGCUUGCAAUCAUAUAACUGGGGAAUGUGGAUGCCCACCAGGAUUCACAGGAAACGGAUGUGACAAAACUUGUGUUCCUGGAACUUAUGGAAUAAACUGUGCUAAAGUCUGUCAGUGUCCUGGAGAACACCAAAACUGCCAACCAGUGACUGGAGAGUGCAUUUGUGCACCCGGAUAUCACGGACAUAACUGUCAAUUAAAAUGUCAAACUGGCUUUUAUGGUCCAAACUGUGAAAAUCAUUGUCAAUGUAAAAAUGGCGGUCAUUGUGAGAGCACAACGGGUACAUGUCAUUGUCUGUCUGGUUAUAUGGGAGCUGACUGUGGCACAGUGUGUCCUCCAGGGACAUAUGGAAAAGGAUGUGCUCAUGUCUGUACGUGCGGACCCAACGCCACCUGCAACCAUGUGACUGGUGAAUGUGUUUGUGCUCCUGGAAGAACUGGGCAGAACUGUGAACAUGUGUGCAAGAAAAACUAUUAUGGUGAGAACUGUAAACAGAUCUGCGCAUGUAAGAAUAGCGGACUUUGUAAUCCAGCCAAUGGCUCCUGUUCAUGUGGAUUAGGUUGGACAGGCCCCACUUGUGAAGAAGAAUGUUCCUCUGGAAAAUAUGGCCCAGAUUGUAAAAUGGAAUGUUCUUGCCAAAACAAUGGUACAUGUAACAAAAUUACUGGAUCUUGUCUUUGCUUGAAGGGAUUUUAUGGAAAGGCGUGUGAACACGCUUGUCCACCUGGUUUCCAUGGAAAUAACUGCCAGGAGUCCUGCAGUUGUGAAAAUGCAGCAACCUGUGAUCCUGUAAGUGGAAAGUGUUUGUGUCCUGCUGGUUUCUAUGGAGACAAAUGUGAAAAAGGAUGUGAAAAGGGGACAUUUGGAGAGAAAUGUUUGAAGUUUUGUAAUUGUGAAGGAAAUGCAACUUGUGAUCCUGUAACAGGAGCGUGUACGUGUCCCCCUGGCAAAACAGGGGUAACCUGUGACCUAGACUGUAGGAUAAAUCGAUUUGGCCCAAAUUGCAGUCUCAGCUGUGAAUGUGGUUGGAACUCACAAUGUAAUUCUCUGAAUGGGGAAUGCAUUUGUCUUAAUGGAUUUAUAGGACCGACAUGUAAAGAAGGUGGACCACCACAGCUCAUAUCUUCGCAAACACAUAUAGCAACACAACCUCGAUCACCGGCAAGAUAUACAAUAUACUUGAAUAAACAAAGGCCAUAGACAUUUUCAAGAAAAUGAACAUUUAGAAAUCAUCAUAAAUAAUAAUUAACACUUUAACAUGGAAAAGAAUAUAAAGUUAAAGCCAAAUGUAUUUGUCAUGGUCUUAAAGGAGUUGGAUAACCUGCGUUUGGAUUUACAAGUCAGAAGAUAAUGGUGAAAGACGUGCACGGAAUACGAAUCAAACAUCUUCAUUAUCUAUGGAUGUGUGGACACAAGGAGCAAGCAAAGACUAAUGACUAAUGCUAAGCGGAUAGCUUGGAUUCCAAAUCAUCAGCUAAUGUGUCAAUGACACGUCUUGAAUACAUUUUGUAAUUACUGCUAUUUAACUGGCAAAGCUUUUAUUCAAGAGAUCAAAUCAGAUAUAGUUAAAUCCUUCACUAACCCAUUGGGGUAUUUCUCUCUGUGUAUCUUUGUGACCAUCAUAAUGUGGGCAUUUCAUGGCUGUCGAUGAUGUGUUUUGUUUUUUUCAUUUGUCAUAAGUAUUUGCUUUGUGAUGUUUCCCAACGAUUUUCAAGAAAACAAAGGUCAAAAUAACUUUUUUAUGUUUCAAUAUUUAUGACUUUGAAGUCAAGGCCAAAUGGAUACACUCGUCUGGUGACCAUAUGUGGUAUCAUUGCAAUGUACAAAAUGUAUCAGAUCACAUAUGUUUGGCUCUUCAGAAAGAAUUUUGUUGAUGUUCAGACAUUCUUAAAUCUGUGUCCAUUAAACAAAAUCUAAUGUCAUUACCAAAGUCACAACAUAGGGCACAGCCCUACUAAGUUUUCAAUCCGUGUUCAAUGUACUGUAAAGCUGAUUAAAAAUGCUGGAGAAGAUAUCUAGUCUGUUCAUGAAAUGGAGACUGUUUCACAAUACAUGGAAUAGGGACAUUUAUUUUGGGGUAAUAGCAAUAGAUAAUGUACAAUACAAGACUGAUGUUUGUUGGAUAUACUUGUACUAUUUCCUUAUUUGACAUGAGUCACUAUUCAGAUAGAGCAAAAAAAAACAAAAACAUUUUUUAUAAAAUUUACUAAUUUGUCAUACAGGUAACUCUGUUAAAACAUAGCCCUUUUGCAUGAGAGCAUACCUAGUUAGGUUCAUAAGUGUGCAUAAGUUUUGAGCAUUAUAUGUUGAGUGUGUUUGCAACAAUGCUUGUAUUACAUAGUUGAAAACAUCAUAUUGUGUCGUGCCCGCUACUGAGUUGCCUAUUACUCCUGUCAUAAAACAGACUGCUUCCUAUAAAUGGCCAGCUUACAAAUGGAGUCCAUUCUUGUUUCAGUUUCUUGUAAUUUCUGGCUGAGGUUUGGGCAGGAUGGGGGCAGACAUAUAUGAGGCACGAAAAUUGCAAGGAAGGGCUGGGUUACGUUGAUGUUGAACUUUGAAAGCCAAAAGCAUAUUUAAACAGACAAUUCCCAAAUUUUGAAAUUAUAUACAUAUAUAUAUAUAAAAUAAGUAUAAUAAAGCUUAAAAGCACGAUACCCCACAUUUUUCUUUCAUUAUUCAGAUAGAGAAUACAAUUUUAAACAACUUUCCAACUGACGUAUAUUAUCAAUUCUGCUUCAUUCUCUUAGUAUCCUUUAUUGAUUGAGCAGCAAUUCCCUACUGGGAGCUAGCUUAACACAUCAGUAAGCCAAUAAAAAGAGGUGUAUAUAUAUAUAUAUAUAUUAUAUGCAGCAACCAAUCAGAAGCUAGCUCCCAGCUCCUAAGCCUACUUAGUUUUGCUUUUCAACAAAGACAACCAAGAGAACAAAGCAUAUUACAUUUUAAAAGUAAAUUGGAAAGGUGUUUACAUUUGUAUGCUCUAUCUGAAUCACAAAGAAAAAUUAAAUGUCAUAUCCCUUUAAGGGAUUUGCAAUUUAAACCUAGGUAUUUACAAAAAUAACAACAUACAAUCAUAAUUAAUGUAAGCUUUGACAAAUCCCAUAAAAUGUAAUAUUUAUAUGAUAGUGGAUUAAGUCCCCAGGUUAUGCUAAUUCAGUAGUAAAAUGAUGGUAUAUAACAUUCUGUUUUAAUAAGGUGAUGAUUAAACAGCUGUAUUGCAGAAGUUGUACACAUUUACUGAAUAACAAAAACAAUUCUUAAAACUUUAUAAUAUAACAUUUUCUUCCUUAUUUUCACAGAAUCCCUCAAAUCAUAUACUGCCACACAGUGGGCAACAUUAGAAAUACACUUGUAGUAAAUUAAAGGUCUGUUAUAGUGGAGAAAUUGUAUGUUUUAAUUCAUUAAAGUAUGCAAUUGUAACUCUAACAAACCUGCAAUACUAUGUGUUAAACCCCUGCAAAUGUGGUUAAACACAUAGGUAGAUUAACACUGAAGAGCUGCAGAACACUCAAGCGGGCACAGACCCAAUCAGUAGUGGUAGUCCAUGAUCCAUCUGUGUGAAUACAAGUAGUACUUUUACUGCAGUGGUCAAACUCAUAGCAUUGAAGGGGCUUACUUUUCUUAUAAUUAUGUUUUUGGGUUUUUUUGCCUGAGAAAGACUGGAGUGCUUCCCCCAUAACCUAAAACAUGCUAAACAGUGAAUGCUCAAUCAUUUUAGGAGAUGAUUUAUAACUACAGAAUAGGAGAUCAUUUAAACAUACAUAAGUUAAUUGUAAAGGGUAUGUUCCUGGACUACAAAUUUUGCUUAAAAAAUAGUUUUACAUUUUUAAAGUUUUUUUUUGUGUAUGCAGUUUUUAACAAUUCAAUGCCCAAUCACUGAUAUAUAAUAUGCACAUAUAAAAAUAAUAAAGUCUCUUAAAAUAUGCCCCCUUCCUUUGUCAUUAAAGGGACACAAAACCCAAAUUUAUUCUUUCACAAUUUAAACAGAGCAUGCAAUUUUAAACAACUUUCUAUUUUACUUCUAUUAUUUAAUUUGCUUCUUUGUCUUGUUAUCCUUUGCUGAAAGGUUUAUCUAGGUAAGCUCAUGAGCAACAAAGAACCUAGGUUCUAGCUGCUGAUUGGUGGCUGCAUAUAUAUACCAAUUGGCAUUGGCUCACUGUGAAACCAGUAGUGCAUUGCUGCUCCUUCAACAAAUGAUACCAAGAGAAUAAAGCAAAUUUAUAAUAAAAGUAAUCUGGAAAGUUGAUUAAAAUUGUAUGUUCUACCUAAAUCAUGAAAUAAAUGAUUGGGUUCCAUGCCCCUUUAAUACAAAGAACAUGGUAGUUGCUGGGUUUAGUUUGCUGGUAUAAUUGGAAUGUAUUACAUUUAAAGGGAUGUAAACUGCAAUAUGACAAUGGAGAUAGUUCCUGUUGUUUGACCUUUCUCAGCAACCUGUUUAUAAAAUUACAGCAUUGGGUGCAGAUAUAAGCAGGUCAGUAUUUCAGAUCACCAAAUGCAUUGUACAAGAGAGAGGAGUCGUUCAUAAAAUAAAUUGUUCUACCAUUAUAGGAAGCGUGAUCACUAUAAUACACUCCUUUGAGAGAAAAAAAAGUAUAUAUGUUGCACUUGACUGGUGUUUUUAUAUUUGUGUCAUUAUUGCUUUGCAUUUAUUUUAACUGGUUAUUUACUGUAUAUUUCCUGAAUGGUGCUUAUAUGCAAUAGAGGUCACUGUAACAUUGCUGUAUUGUAUUUUAAUUAUUAAAUGUUUGUGGAAUGUCAGUUCUGAGCUGAGAACGAUAUAACACAUUGCACUACAGUCCUCAAUGACAGACCGAGAUAUAAAUAGACAUUCUAGUUCAAAAACAUUGUAAGACCUCCCAAUUGUCCCUAUUUGACAGUCUCUAGUGCUGACCUCUGUCCCUCUGAUACAGCCAUAUAUCCCUAUUUGCAGAAUGCCGCUUAGAUCCACUCAUAGACCACCCAGAAAUACAUUUUGGGUGGACAGACACUUACCCUGUAGAGCAUAUUUCAGGACUAAAAAGCUGGGGACUAAGUCAGAGGGGCAAGAGAGUUCAAUGGGUGUGGCCAGGGUGGGCUGACGGUGUUCCAUGGGCAGAGUAUGGCUGCUUCUGGGUGUGGUUAGAUAGGAUGUAGCUAAGUGGGGUUUUUUUUUGGAAUAGCUACAUAAGUCCACGGUUCUCUUCCUCCCAACUAUCACAAUGCUGUUACAAAGUGGGGCCACUGCAUUGUACAGUGUUUCAAAAGAGUGUCCUUUUUUGAAGUCAAUAUAUCAUACUUUCCAACAUGGAGACCCUUUGUUCUUGGGACCAAGAGGCUCAGGAAGUAGUCUGGGGAUUCCCAGGUGGAGUUUUGAGGCAUGGGUCAGUAGCUGUUAAGUACAAAGACGUGGCCUGAUAUGUUUUGUUGAAGUCCCUGUAUUUUUUGGUUGGACUAGGGCAGUCUAUGCUUAUGUAACAGGGAUAUAGAUCUGAAUACUGCAAGGAAGACAGCAGCAUAGAGUUCCUGUGAAAAAGUGGCUACACUUUACCUAUUUGCAGGUUAAUUUGAAUUAACAUUAAAUCCCAUCAUGCACUGUCACAAACAUUACAUGUACAUUUGACUUCUCACUAUCUUCAUGUUGUAAUAUAUAUUUUAAAUCGUUUGGUAAUACAAAAUUUAGAUAACAGCCGCAAAAAAAUAAAAUAAUAAUAAAAAUAAUGACAUUGAAUGCAUGAGGUAGGAAAUACUCAGGUACCUCUCUAUAGGUCAAAUGAGGAGUCUGUUUUCCUUGUUCAUAUGUAAGAAUCAAAUUAAUAGCAAUCGUAUGUAUAGAAAUCAAUGUAUAUUUAGUGAGGCAAAAGUCUAUAGUUUGAUUUCUCAUGUAUAAAAAUGUAUAUUUCAUCUCCCAGUUUUUGUUAACCGGGUGGUUUGUAUGUAUGUAAAACAACGGUAUUUCAUAAUUUAUACUUUUUCACCUGUGAUGUGUAGAAUGGAUUAAUUUCUCGGAAUGCAAUUUUAUCUCACAAAUAACAUUUUUUUAUGUAAACAUAAAAAGAAA